AUGUCGAAUAGAAGCGUUUUGAGAAAUAUCGUUUUGGCUGACUUAAGUAGGAAUUUCAAUAUAUCUGAUGGGUUUAAAUAUGGUGCUGAUUUUAUAGUGUACAAAGGGGAUAUCAACACAGAGCAUGGAUUUGCAUUGGUUUUCAUAAAAGCAGAAAACGCAAAAUUAAGUGAUAAAGAAAAAACGAUAAUUUGUAGGAUAUGCGAAGGUGUUAAAAAAAAGGGAAUAAUUGCAUAUGUCAAUGAAGAAGCCAAGAAUAUUAAAUACGAAGAAAUUUUUAGACAAAUAGAAUAA